UUCUUUUGGGACAAACAACACUCCGAAGAGAUUCGCAAUGGCAGAGAAUUCAGCUCAUUUAGCAGCAAAUUUGCAGAGUAAACCAUCGAUUUUCGAGGUGGUGGCUGCAGAAUCCCUCGCGGGAACAUUCUAUCCAGCGUUUCGGCGAAUUACACAGUUCUUGGUUUUGAGGAAUCCAGAGACGUUUGCUUUCGUGCUGAGACACUACGAUGAAAUAUUCUUCCUAGCCAAUGGAGUGAUUCAGAGUUACUACCUGAAGAACCGAGGCGGAACUCUGGCGGAAGUGUUCUACGGCCUGAGGAGAUUCUCAACGGGAAGCAAUGACUUCAGCAGGAAAGAUCGGAUUCUUGCUCUGCUUUUCUCUGUGAUUUUUCCUUAUGUGAAGAUAAAGGCGGAUAAGCGGAUUAAUCAGUGGAAGGAGGCCCUAAGGGACGGAGAUUGGAUGCCAAGAGCUGGCCUGAAGCAGCUCAUAAUCAAGAUUCACGGCGUUUCCAUUGGUGUUCAUGAGUGCCUCAAGAUUGUUCAGUACAUCGCUUACUUGUCGGGCAACUCUCAAUCCCACACGCCGCUCUUCAGAGCCAUAAAUCAAGGACUGACGUACAUCCAGGGAGAUGAUGAAGAGACUGAGUGGACGUGGAGGAAUUUGCUGCGCGGACACCUGAAGAUGUCUACAAUCUUGAGCGAAGUCAUUCUUAAGAGCCUCGAGUUUUCCGCCUUCUUCAUCCAAUUUCUGCAGUGGUGGCAAACUGAGGCGCAGCACACAGAUCUCACGAGUCUUCCCACGCCCAGCUUCCCCGUGCUCACGCGGGACCUCAACUACCAGAACGUGUGUCCAGUUUGCCUGGGCAAAUGGAAUCGGCCGGCGUGUUGCGCCCUUUCCGGCUACAUUUACUGCUACAAGUGCAUCGUGACGGCGAUCGAGAGGACGGGCGUCUGUCCAGCUUCCAACUAUCCCAUCUCCAUCGAGGACAUCUUCCUUGUGUACGAUGACUAGAAUAAAACACUGGUGAUUUUGAAUCAA